GUUGUCACAUGUCAAGCACAUGUUUUUCGUAACCGUAACCUAUACCUAUGUGAUUCUUCAACGGCUUCAUAACAAAUUUGAAUAAUAAAAAAAAAUCAAAAUGAACAUCCACUUACGACAAGAAAACGUCCAGUUUUCCUUGUUCACCAGCGAGGAAAUCAAACGGAUGAGUGUCUGUCAGAUAGUAACACCGUUAACUCUCGAUGCCUUGGGGCACCCUAUACCAGGUGGUUUGUACGACAGAAGGUUGGGGCCCCUUUCUGAUGACGCAGAUGCUUGCGGCACUUGUGCUAAAACCAUCGCAAACUGUCCUGGUCAUUUUGGGUAUAUUGAAUUGCCCUUACCAGUGGUUAAUCCAUUGUUUCACAAGAUCAUUGGAACGCUCAUGAAAAUAUCUUGUUUACAUUGUCACCAUAUCCAAAUUCCAAUACAUAUUAAGAGAAUUUUGGUAAUUCAGCUCAAGCUGCUAAAUUGUGGCUUGUUGACAGACUCUAUGGAAGCUGAACAAUUGAUGAUGGAAUUAAUUUCUACUCAUCAGUCUUAUGAGAAAAUUCCUGAGGAAAGUAUACAACCUGUGUUGAAGUAUGAAAAAUUAGCUGAUGAAAUGAUUGGUGUUUUAAAAGGAAACAUACUAUCUACUCAAAAUGUUGAAACUUUGCGAAAUCAGUUCAUCUACAAAACUUUGAGGGAUGUUAAAGCUAGAAAAACAUGCAUGUUUUGUAAGCGACACAUUGAUAGAAUUCAAGCUUUGAAGAACAAGAUUAUACUUUCUGCAAGAAAGUUAGACAAGGGUGCUGAUAAAACAAUCACAAUAAAAGGUGUGGAAUCAAAAUACGUGAAUCCAGAGGAAUCUAGGUAAAUUAUAAACCGAAGAUUAACAUACUCAUCCAAGAUGUCCAAUACAGUUGACCACCUAACUUUGGGGGUCAGCAUUGCUACCUACUUUCUGUAGUUGAGAAAUUUGGAGAAUAUGCCAUACUCAAAUUCAUGAAUAUAUAGUUUUCCUCAAAAGAAAUACCUACUUCAAACAGAUUUAACAGUUCUACCUGGAAGCAUGGCUGCUACAAUGGAUAUUGUAUGUGAACGAUCAAAUACAUCAUAGAACUGGAUAUCUUCUUGUAACAUAUGUUAAUCCUGUAAUAAAUACCGCAUCUGCUUAUAUUAAUCAAGAUUUAGAAAAUAUUCAAAAAUAUUCAUUUAAUCACAACUUAAACCUCAAUCCAGAUAAAUGUCAAGUUGUUAUCUUCUCUCCGCCAUGUUAUGAAAUUUUUAUGCGGCAUAUCGACUUAACAUUAAAUGGAAAAUCAGUCUCAGUAGUUAAAAGUGCAAAAAAUCUUGGUGUUAUUUUCGACUGUAAGCUCAGAUUUGAAGAGUACGUCUCACUAUUAGUGAAAAAGACUUACCUAGUUUUAAGGCUACUGUAUCGAAAUGGUGGUAUUUUAAAUUUUAAAUUACGUAAAAAGCUCUCAGAGAGCCUAGUAUUACCUAUUUUAAAUCAUGCAAUCACGCUUUAUUAUCCCUUCUUAACGUCUAUUUUGAAAUACAGACUUCAAAAGGUGCAAAAUUGCUGUUGUAGAUUUGUUUUUAGGCUCAAAAAGUUUGAUCGAAUCUCAGCUAAAAUAAAUGAGUUAAAAUGGUUAAAACUGGAAUAUACUCAUAAAUAUUAUACUUCUAUUUUAGUUCACCGUAUUUUAUCAUCACAGAGCCCUGCUUACCUGAAAAGAAAAUUAGUCUUUAGGCGUGAUUUGCAUGAUUUAAAUACGAGGUUCACUAAUAAACUUUCUCUUCCUAAGUUUCGUUUAUCCUUAUUUAGAAAAUCUUUUUCAUAUAAUGCUGUUACUAUAUACAAUAGUAUCGAUGACGCGCUUAAGUUUAGUUCUGUACCGAUGUUUAAAGUCCUGGUAAGGCAAUUUUAUUACAAUGGUCAAUGUAAUGGAUAGUUCAAUAGUUUUUGAUUAUAUACUCUUCGCUUUGCGGUUUUGUGUCUUAGGCUUUUGUUUAUUUUCAUUCAAAUUAUCUCAUAUUUUCUAUGCUAUUUUAUAUUUGAUCACUUCUGAUGAUUGCAUUUUAUGUAUUAUCUGUGGCUUUUUUCCUUGUUAGCUUUUAUUUAGGGUUAAGUAGAGUAGCUUAGGCUAGACUUCGCCCUGUUGCAGAUUUCUGCGUUGUAUAUAACAAUGCUCAAUAAAGAC